AUGAAUGAUAGCCAUCAGAUCAGAGGUCAGAUUGUUAUUUAUUGGUUCUUAGAAGACUUCAAGCUAGGUGACCAUCUCGUCCUUUAUCAUGAUACGGCAGACUUAUUUUUUUCAUACUUUCCAAAAAAUAGUAGUGGGUUUGUCAAAACGGGAAUGACACCAGUUGACGCGAGGUACUCAAUAAAUUCGAAGUACAUCGAUCAAUGUACAGGUUAUUACGUAGCUUGGUUAAGAAAUUAUGAAAUACUAUUGUCAACAUGUUUGUCAUCUCAUUCGAAUUGGAUGCAUGAUAACAGAAAAAUUAUUGACAAUAUGACUCUCGCUCAGCUAUUUAUACCAGGAACACAUAACUCGGGAUCUUACAAUUACGAACUACCUCCGACGAUUCUAAAUCGAUAUACAGUAACACAAGAAAAUAGCAUUAUGGACCAAUUACUCACAGGAAUACGUUACUUGGACAUAAGACCGUGUAUUGUUGAUAAUAAAUACUGGGUUUGUCAUGGAACUUUUGCUAUGCAGCCUCUCGAAGCUGUCAUUACAGACAUGAGAGAUUUUUUGAACAACACUAUGGAAAUUGUUAUUGUUAACUUCAAAGAAUUUCCUCGAGGGUUUGAGACAUUUACAAAUCACUCAAACUUUCUGAGUUGUCUUGUUAGGGAAUUUAAAGGAUAUUUUGUAAUUCCGUACGAAGCUCAUCCAAAGACUUUGGGUGAAAUUUGGAAAUCCAACAUGAGACUUUUUAUAAGUUACAUUACUGAAUCCGAAGGUAAAACUGAUAGAUUAUGGACAUCUGUAAUGCAGCAAUGGGGCAAUGUAAAAAACGUUAUAGAACUUGACAGCUUCAUUGAUCGAUCUGAAAUCAUUUCCGAACUUAAAUCAGACAAUAAAUCUCGAACAAAGGACCUGAGAGCAGUGAUGGCCGAAAUAACAUUGGAUUCUUCAAUGAUAAUCGUAGAUGCUGCGCUUUACUAUUUUGGACGCGGUCGAAAAUCACUACGCGAGCUAGCUGUUCAAACCGGACCUCUGGUGACGAUGUGGUACAAGCAGAAACACUUCAAAACAGCAAAUAUUGUAGCCGUGGACUUUAUCGAUACCACUGGAAUAAUCGAAGUUGCCAUUUGGAGUAACAUUUACCGAGCUAAGUGCGAUGUGUCUAAUUAA